ACUCCAUUGCCAAAGAUAGGACCAUCAAUGCAAAGAGAUAUGUGGCCAGAACAGUAUGACUGGGAUGAAAUAACUGUAACCUUAUUGCUAAUUUUCAUCCAUCAUCGCAUCCUCAUCCCUCGCUGCAAUUUGGCAGGGUAAUGGCUUCAUCAUUCCUUCAGUUCCCCCUGCUUCACAAGUCUAGUUUUCUUGGCCAUACCAGUUUCACUCAUAAAACCUGCUCUAAUCCCACCCCAAAACAAGCAUCAACCAUUCAGUUUAGCCCAAAUGCCAAAUUCAAUCUUUCUGAGAUCUUGGGAGGUAGAGGUCUUUGCAACGGAGAAGCAGGCCUUCAAGAAGAACUCAAGAAGACCGUCUCGCUAGAACCAUCAAAAACCACCGAAAAUGAAGAAAACCCACAAGUCUCGGCAGUUGAAAGCAUUCCAGAAGAUGGAUUUGAAAAGGAGUUACAAGGCUUGACUGGUGGAUUUCCGGGAGGGGAAAAGGGUCUCCAGAAGUUCAUUGAACAGAAUCCACCUCCCAAAAAGUCACAGGCUGAAGCAUCAGCAUUUCUAGCAUUUAAUCAAAACUUUGUCAAGAAGCAAAAACCGCCACAACUGCCGAUUUUAUUGCCGGGAAUGAUUGUCAUUGUCAAGAACCCUAACAAUCCGUAUCACAUGUAUUGUGGAAUUGUCCAGAGGAUUACUGAUGGCAAAGCUGGUGUUUUGUUUGAAGGUGGGAACUGGGAUAGAUUGAUAACUUUCAGGCUUGAAGAGCUCGAGCGCCGUGAGAAGGGACCGCCAAUGGUUAAUCCUAGGUCUGCCAUCCUCGAGACCCUGUUAGACAAGAAUUAACGACUCAAUUGUCUCCUGCAUUUCUUCUUCUAUGUAUGGAUUAGCAUUGUAAAUCUCGGGGGUUUGCAACCAUUUUGUACUGGUUUUUGGCGUGUGGAUUUCGUCACUACGUAGCUGUGCCCGUUCAAAUCAUGUAACUCGUAACCUAUAUUUUUGCCUGUAUUCGAGUAGCAGGAUAUUAAGCCUCA